GACUAUUCCAUUUGCCAUUGUCUUACAAUGGAAAUUUGUGCCACCUCAACUCACCCUCAUUAACCUCAACUCAUCUAUAUAAGGAACACCUUGCGCCUCGCUUUCCAAAAUCAUAACCUCCUCUUCCUUCUCUUCACUUCUCGGCUUCCCAUUAACCUGCUGUUGCGCUCCUCUUCUUAUCUUACAAAAGCUAGAGGAAAUACGAUACUCCGAGCCAAUGGCGGGCGGUGUAGUCGUCAGUGCUUCCGGAGGGAAGGAGUACCCAGGCAAGAUGACGCUCUUUGUAUUCCUCACCUGCUUCGUGGCCUCCUCCGGUGGUCUCAUUUUCGGCUAUGAUCUCGGCAUUUCCGGGGGAGUGACAUCGAUGGAUUCGUUCCUGCUAAAAUUCUUUCCGUCCGUGUACCAUAAGGAGAAGGAGGAUGUGAGCACGAAUCAGUACUGCAAGUUCGACAGCGAGCUAUUGACUCUGUUCACAUCCUCGCUUUAUUUGGCCGCAUUGGUAGCAUCGUUCCUCGCAGCGACAGUGACGAGGGUGUUUGGAAGGAAGUGGUCCAUGUUUGGUGGAGGCAUCACCUUUUUGGUGGGUGCAGUCAUCAAUGGUGCAGCUGAGAGCGUGUUCAUGCUUAUCCUCGGUCGCAUCCUUCUCGGCAUUGGCGUUGGCUUCGCCAAUCAG